ACGAAAUAGUUUAAAUCAUAAAAAGCGUGCAUUAAAGAGAGAAACUAAUGUGUGGUUUAGGAUUUUUGAUUUUGCCAAGGUUAAGUUGCUGUCAAAUGAACCCUAGUAUGAAACGGUUUGACACUCCUGACAUGAGGUUAUUGGUGUGCGUGUGAGUGUGCGAAGCAAGUUACGUUCACCGGCACAAUAUCGGGAGAUAAUUUCACACAUUUUAGAGUCAUGCACACUGUAUCUGUGCUGAAGUUUUAUCUGUAAAGAGGAGAAAACAUUUAUCAGCCCAACAUCGGUACAAGCGAUGUGAUAACACAUCGUAAUGCAUGGUUCACAGCAGCUGCAUAUAGCUGGUCUCUCUGAGUUUAGUUUCCCGUUGCUGCCGUUUGACAGAGACGUAUACAACGAGUGCUGCGUGGAAAAAAAGUUUGUUCGUUGGUUGGUGUGGUGGUGUACUGACCGCAGCUCGUUCCAGUGGUUGGUUUAUUGUGAUGUUGUAAUAUGUGUUAAGGCUUUUUUUUGAAGGAAAGUGUUCCACUGACCAAGUGGGUGAGUGCAAGUGUACGAGUCCAGCAAAUGAAAGAGAAAAAUUAUAUUAGAAGUUUUUACGCUCAUGAAACGAUGCCAUCGCAGCACGAAAAGUAGUAGCAGCAAAAGCUAUUGCGUGGCUGCAGUUCGGAGAAAUAGCGUUUUCUCCAACCUCGCCACCCAACCAGCGGCAGCACGUGCGCUAGUAAUGAAAGUGAUGUUAUCGUUCGUGCUACACCUUUUUGCCGUACAAUGAAACAAAGGGGAUAAUGCAUUUAUUCGUCGCAGCAGCUCGCCAGUGCUGCUUUCCGGUUGCCCCAUUAGCAUCUGGAUUAUGCGUCCUUUUAACAGGAACAACUGCUGCCGAGUAGAUGGAACGCAAAACCAACGCUGCGUAUAGUUGGCUGGCAGUGCUGUGCUGGCCGGUUACGAAAAAGAGAACUUCCAUCAAAAAGUAAUGGCACAACUUGUUUUCCCCCGUUGGCGAUGCUUUGGCGACGUGGAAAAAAACUUUUGCACUCUAACUACGGGCUGGAAUUACUAUCGUGGGGGUGGAAUUUUCUUUCACAACUACUGCUUAUAUUUUACCAUCUCACGCCAUUUUACUCCAGCAUUGCUUGAAGGCAUCCGUCAAGUGCAAAUUUAUGCCCUCCGACUGCGCACUGGAUAACUGGAGCACGCAUGAAAAAAUCACAAAAAAGUGGGUUGCUUGAAGUCGUCUCGUGGACACCGGUUGAAAUAUGGCAACCGGUUGAUAAUCUCAGGUAGGGAAGCGCGAUAAGCCAUAGUAGAGGAUGCAGAUCGGGAGAUGAGGUGGGCUGCUAGUGAAAUUAUGUUCAUUACCGUCUACAAGAGAAGAAACCUUGCGAUCAGCAGCAGCAGCAUUCAAGUAUUUAGAGCUUCAGUGGAGCAAAUGAACGCGUUCGUUUAAGCCUUUUCCUAGGGGUAUGUUUCAGUAACGUAAGCGCGUAGGUUGGCUCAAUGUUACUGAGCUAGUUGUCGUUUCAUCGGAUCAAUGCUGCCCAGGUCCGCUGGAGGAGUAAUAAGACAGCCCAAUUAUAGUAUGGUAAAUGGGGUUGAAUAGACACGUGGUUCGGUUUUCACAGCUUCUGGCGAAGAUUUUGUACGAUCUCGAGAGGGGUGACGCAUGUGGGGCAGUCACCGAUGAUAAAUUAUCUCAGCAAUCACCGUGCACGUGCUGUCGCAGAAAAUGGUUUCUUCCUUGAUAAGACUACAUUUCGUAAGAAGAUAUGAUGGAGGGAGACCAGCAUCCAGUACCGUGGGGGAAGGUCGAACAAAGAAUGUAAAGUUUUUGAGGGUAAAUUGAUGUUACACGUGUGGGUAAAUGCAGUUGAGUGACUUUACGAUUUGUGAUUGCUUCAAUUUGGGGUUUUUUUUAUUCAAUCGAGCAAAUUGGAUCUAAUUUUCAUAAUUUUGUACUAUAAAGUGAACUAUGCUACACAAAAAGCAAUGUUGCUCAUAAUUACGAUCAUUAUAUGUAGUAUUAUUAGAGAUACACAGGUUUUUCAUGGUUUCCUUGGUAAUGGAAAGUUGAUUUAAGUAUAUUUCAUGAAACACUUUUUAAUAUAAAACAAUUACUCGUUUACUAGUUGACUCAUUUGUUUUAGUAAGAAUGUUAUUCUUUCCGUCUUUUGGUCCUUCAUUGGCUUAAUCCAUUUAAGCUUAGUAGAUGUAGCAAUUGAGUCGUGUAGGUGUUUGCUGUAUGACUCACAGUAUCUAGAUACGAAGUGAAACUAAAGCAUAUAAUUGGCUUUAAAAGGGCAAGUUGGGCCUGGCACGAUCCGUUUAAAGAUACACGUUUGAACGUUGUCAGGGUUGUGCAACUCCUGAAAUAUAGCUUCAAAAUAUGUGCAUCUUGAUAACUAAAACGAUCCGAAUAAUUGACCAUUGUUUUUAAUACUUAAAUUAGCCCUUUCAUAUAAACGUAGUAUACAAGCUCCCUUUUUUGUAAUCAAUUUGACUUCACUGGCCUCUGGACCAUUCUCAAAUCAUUUUUCCGUAUCCGAAUGACGGUACAUGAGACCAUCGGUCUAGCUUACGGUACUAACUUGUCACCCGUUGUGUGCCGGUCCAUUUAGGUGUUCGUUUUUCUUUUGUUUUUUGCUGGUUUGCGGGUAGGGUGGGAUUUAUUUCUUUUUCCCUCAUUUUCAUGCUCUGCUAUCAUGAAUGGUGAGCCGAGCUUCCCGGUUUUGGCUGGCCUAAAUUAGGAUAAAUUUUCCCCUGCACCCAGCACGCUUAAUGAAGUCGUAAUUACUGCGUAAUGUUAAACACAUCCGACCGUUACGGGGCGGGCUAUCUUUGGCGAUAGCAGAUCAGAGCCGGUUCCCGAGGUGGCUGUUCGUUUUCGGUCCGUAAAUCGGUCGGUCCGUAUCUAAAUUGGUAUCGCGUUCGGUCCCGGUGCCUGGGAAUAAUGGGAAGGUAUCGUUUUGCCGCUGUAGGUUUAGGACGGCAGGCGUAGUUUUUGUGUGUGUGUGUGUUUUGGAAGCAGUCGGGACAUUUGCAACAGUGCCGGUGCUGAUGCUGACCAGCAGCCCCAAAGUGGCCAGCGGUGUGUGCGUGUGUGUAGUAUGUAGAGUGUGCUGUGAUUGCUAAUGCUCGUACGGUCAUCGUUCUUCUGGGAAAGUUGUGCACCGUUCUCUCGUUUUCCCUUCCCCCACCCGUACAGUGUGCGCUUGUACGGCACGCUUGACCGACGAACCGACGAAAAUGUUGAAAGAGAAAAUGGAAGUAAAAUCGAAGAAAAGCUACCUCACCGACGACCCGAAACAUGCAGCCCUGCUGCCAGUGUUGCGCGAAAAGCUUCGCACGCUGCAAUCCUCGGAUCCUGCGGCAACGCCACCACUGUCACCGUCGCCACCGCCACCGUCGCUUUACUUCGAAAGCUCGUCCAUCUCGUCGCGUUCGUCGAUUGUGGAACCGUUCGAUUUGAACGUGGCCUCGCUGUACCAGGUCUUUCACGUGAAGCGCACCGCACGCAGCUGGAUCGAGGCAAAUUUUCAAAAGCGGGAAUGUAUAAAAUUUGUACCAAGCCCUAGAAAUGAGGAUGUAUGCUGCUGUGGUCAGGAACGGCGAACCCAUCAGGUUUUGGCCGGCUACGAGGCGGGCGUACCGACCGAUAGUUGGCAGGCGUCGAAAAACACCCGAGCUCAGCCGACCGAUGCGUACGGGACGAUCGAGUUCCAGGGCGGUGCCCACCCAACGAAGGCACAGUACGUGCGCCUGUCGUACGACACCCGGCCGGAGCUGCUGGUGCAGCUGUUCACGCGCGAAUGGAAUCUCGAGCUGCCCAAGCUGCUCAUCACGGUGCAGGGCGGCAAGGCUAACUUCGAGCUACAGCCAAAGUUGAAAAAGGUGCUUCGGAAGGGGUUACUGAAGGCGGCCAAAACUACCGGUGCAUGGAUAUUUACCGGUGGCACCAACACGGGUGUAACGAAACAGGUCGGCGAUGCGCUACUGCUCGAGGGUCAGCAACGGUCCGGCCGGGUGGUAAGCAUCGGUAUCGCACCCUGGGGCAUCGUGGAGCGUAACCACGAACUGCUCGGGCACAACCGGGACGUUCCCUGCCACAGCAUCAGCUCGCCCAGGUCGAAGCUGGCCGUGCUGAACAACCGACACGCAUACUUCCUGCUCGUCGACAACGGCACCCAAGGCCGGUACGGGGCCGAACUAAUCCUGCGGAGAAAGCUGGAGAAAUACAUAUCGAACCAGAAGCUGCAACCCUACAAGAUGCUAUCAUCUUUAAUGAAUUUCCACUACAAAGUUACCCACUCGAGCACCCCCGUAGUAUGCUUGGUAAUUGAAGGUGGUACAAACACAAUCAGAGCUGUGCUAGAAUACGUCACCGAUAACCCACCGGUUCCGGUAGUAGUGUGUGAUGGGUCAGGCCGGGCAGCAGACUUAAUAGCGUUUGUACAUAAAUAUGCGACGGAUAAUGGAGAGCAGACGGUGCUGGAAUCGAUGCACGACUACGUGCUCGGUAUCAUACAGAAAACGUUCGAGGUCAGCACGGAGCAGGCGGAGCAACUGUUUCAGGAGUUACUGCAGUGCACUAAGAAUAAAAAUCUCAUCACGGUGUUCCGCAUACAGGACCGACCGGAGGGCAACACUCAGGAAUUGGACCAAACGAUUUUAACUGCACUUUUUAAAUCACAGCACCUUAGUCCACCUGAGCAGCUCAGCCUGGCGCUGACGUGGAACCGGGUCGACAUCGCCCGGUCGGAGAUAUUUGUGUACGGGCAGGAGUGGCCCCACGGUGCACUGGACGAAGCAAUGAUGCAGGCGCUCGAGCACGACCGAAUCGACUUUGUGAAGCUGCUGCUGGAGAACGGCGUCUCGAUGCGCAAGUUCCUCACGAUCCCAAGGUUGGAGGAGCUGUACAACACCAAGCACGGUCCGGCCAACACGCUCGGGUACAUUUUGCGCGACGUACGGCCCCACAUACCGAAGGGGUACGUGUACACGCUGCACGACAUUGGGCUGGUGAUCAACAAGCUGAUGGGUGGUGCGUACCGGUCGUAUUACACGCGGCGCAAGUUUCGCCCGAUCUACGCGAAGGUCAUGAACAGCUACGUCAACACGCACCGCAAACCGUCGACGUUUCAGCGUUCGGCGGGCAUUAACUCGAUGAGUCUGGUGACGGGACUGCUGCCGGUGACGACCGAUAUGGCGCUGUUUGAGCUGCCAUUUAACGAGCUGCUGAUCUGGGCCGUGCUGACCAAGCGGCAGCAGAUGGCGCUACUGAUGUGGACGCACGGGGAGGAAGCGCUGGCAAAGUCACUGGUGGCAUGUAAGCUGUACAAGGCGAUGGCACACGAGGCAGCGGACGACGAUCUGGACACGGAGAUCUACGAGGAGCUGCGCAGCUACGCGAAGGAGUUUGAGAGCAAAGGACUGAAGCUGCUGGAUUUCUGCUACCGGCAGGAUGCGGAACGGGCCCAGCGGCUGCUGACGUGCGAGCUGCAGUCCUGGUCGAGCCAGAGCUGCCUGUCGCUAGCAGUGGCCGCCAACCAUCGUGCCAUCCUGGCGCACCCGUGCAGUCAGAUCAUUCUGGCGGACCUGUGGAUGGGUGGUUUGCGCACGCGCAAGAACACCAACCUGAAGGUUAUCUGUGGACUGCUCUGUCCACCGUUUGUACGCAAGCUGGACUUCAAAUCGAAAGAGGAACUGCAGCAGAUGCCUCAAACCGAGGAGGAACACUUGGAAAACCAGUAUCUCGAUUACGAGGAUCGCGACAAGAAGGACACCGAUGCGGAGAAAGCUCUUGCAAACUCUACCCAAAGCACAAACCCCGCUGGUGAAAGUGCAGCGCCAACACCGCAGGCGCUUCUGUCCGAUACGUACUCAAUGAAAGAUACCAAAGUGCAGGAAAAUGGAAAAGUAGGCCUGACCGGAUGCUUGAGCUCAAAAGUUUCCCUAACGGACUCGGAAAACACGCAGUACAAGGACUAUCUGUUCGACAGCGAUGGGCGGCAGCAGCGACCGCUGAAGCUGAAAAAGAAGUUCUACGAGUUUUACACCGCACCCAUCACCAAGUUUUGGGCCGAUUCGAUGGCGUACGUGUUUUUUCUCGUCCUGUUUACGUACACCGUGCUGGUGCGGAUGGAGGAGUCACCGAGCUGGCAGGAGUGGUACGCCAUCUCCUACAUCGCCACGCUGGGCUGUGAGAAGAUACGGGAGAUCGUGUCAUCCGAACCGGUGGCAAUACCGCACAAGUUUUCCGUGUGGGCCUGGAACAUGUGGAACCCGUGCGAUGCCGCCGCCAUCAUAUUUUUCCUCAUCGGGCUCGGGCUGCGGUUGCGGCCGUACACGAUGGACAUCGGUCGGGUGAUAUAUUGCGUGGACAGCAUCUACUGGUAUUUGCGGAUAUUGAACAUUCUAGGUGUAAACAAAUAUUUGGGACCACUGGUGACGAUGAUGGGCAAGAUGGUGAAGAACAUGAUUUACUUCGUGGUGCUGUUGCUGGUGGUGUUGAUGAGCUUUGGUGUAAGCCGGCAGGCCAUCCUCUUCCCGAACAACGAUGCCAGCUGGCGGCUAGUGCGUGAUGUGUACUAUCAACCGUACUUCAUGCUGUACGGAGAGGUGUUUGCCGAUGAUAUCGAUCCACCGUGCGGCGAAGACCCAUCACAGCCGCCCUGCGUAACGGGACACUGGGUGACGCCGAUCGCAAUGUCGAUGUAUCUGUUGAUAGCGAACAUUCUGCUCAUCAAUCUGCUGAUUGCCGUGUUCAACAACAUCUUCAUCGAGGUGAAUGCCGUCUCGCACCAGGUGUGGAUGUUCCAGCGCUUCACCGUCGUGAUGGAGUACCAGCAGAAACCAGUGCUACCGCCACCGCUCAUCGCCCUGUGUCACUUCUACUCCCUGCUCCGGUACGCGAUCCGGAAGGCGAAGGGACUGCAAGAGUCGCGCGACAACGGGCUGAAGCUGUUCCUCGAAAAGGAAGACAUGGAGCGGCUGUACGACUUCGAGGAGGAGUGCGUGGAGGGAUACUUCCGCGAGCAGGAGAUACUGCUGCAGCAGUCGACGGAGGAGCGCAUCAAGAACACGGACGAGCGGGUCGACCAUAUGGCGCAGAAGAUCGAGGACAUCAACCAGAAGGAAAACAUCCAGAGUGCGGCCGUGCAGAACAUCGAGUUUCGGCUGCGGAAGGUGGAAGAGUCGGCCGAGCAGAUACUGAACCAUCUGGACGUGAUCCACCGGUUCAUGUCGGCCCACACGCUCAUGAACGAUACGCAGGGCUCGACGGGCAACGUGAGCGGGACGGUGCUACCGCCGGGCGGGCUGGCCGCGGGCAUGAUCAUGGACCAUCGGACACGUACGAUCUCGGAGAGUGACAGCUACAUCCUGCCGCCAGCGCCGGCGGCAACGCAACGCAAAAAGUUUAACCGCUCGCUGACGGAGGUACGCCCCGAUGCGUACAUCUUUGACGAUGGGAAGCAUCUGGAGGUGCGCACCGUGCUGGAGGAAAGCGAAGCGGAACGGUCGCCGGAUCAGCUCUCUCAACAUCUCGAGCGUGAUCGCAAAUUCUCGAUCCGCUCGGAGGACUCGGAAAUGUUCCCGGUCGGCAGCGCGCCCAAGAAUCUCUCGCCAAUCGAGGCGGUUGCGGCCUCGGUCAAACCGUCCCCGCCGCCACCGUUUCUAAAUGUCCGCCAGGAUACGGCCAGCACGGAAAGCAAGGACACGCUGACGCCGCUGGAAGGGGCGGACGACCGGACGCUGGUCGGGGACGAAACGCUGGACGAUAUGGUGGAGCCGAACUACGAAGGCUUGCGGCAUCGGACGGCGGCCGGCAGACGGCGCAACUCGUCCAUGUGCGGUCCGGCACCAACGGUGGCUGGAGGAGGACAGACGACUGGCGCUGGUCUGGCAGGCAGUGGCAGUGGUGGAGGUAUCGGAGGACGACGAAACUCGGAGAGUGCAUCCGGCGGCGGGGUUGACAUCAACAAAUCGCAAACCAGCCUGUACCAGAUGGGUUUCUCCAAGCGACAGCACAGUAUUACCCAAUCGGAACCGGACAGUGGAAACGAUCAGCCCGUACAACGUACCGUUCCCAAGGGGCGCCAUCUACUGCUACAGAUACACACCGAGUACACCUCCAUCACGGAUGAGCUCGAGAGUGUUUGCCAUAUGAUAGCAUCGCCUACCAGUUCUUUGCGGGAGGACCGCACGAAGAAUGUAAACGAGCUAACGAACCCGGAGUUUGCCGCCCUGAUCGAGAAGCAGCACCUGAAGGAGUGCGAAGACAGCGACUACAUGAUGAUGGAAAGGCUGUUCCAGACGCGCUGCUCGCUCGAAGACAGCGACGAGUACUUCGACGAUACGGAGCCGGAAGAUCACGGGCCGCGCAAAAUGUUGCGCCGCGAAACCGCAAUCGAGCUACCAGUAACGCCCUCAAAAUCGAACAUCGUCUCGCUAGCGGACAGCAGCCUCGGGCACGAAGAUUUCGCAAUGAAGAACGAACGGCAGCCCGCCUCGAACCGGAACUCGUUGCGUGAUUCGAAAAAUUCCCCACUGUCCCUGUCCAGCCAGAACUCGCCGCGCAACUCGCAGUACAUGCAGUCCGCGUUCCUAAAUCCCACCGCGUGCGAUGGUGGCGUUGGGGGUGGUGGUGGUGGAGGCGCCGCCAGCCGGCUGUACAAGAAGUCGUGCGAAAGCUUGCAGAAAAACUCCAGCACCGAUACGGAGUACUCGCUGCAGCCGUACCGGUUCAUCAAGCAAAGCUCGAACGAGACGAACAGCUCGUUCAACAUCGACAACUCGUCGAUCACGAACGAUCUGUCGAUCGAUGGCGAGACGAGCCUCAACUCAACCGUGAUCGAAAUGGUUUCAGGGCCGGCGAUCGCUGCGGUAGCGGCAGCAUCGGACGGUGAACGUGGCGGUUUCCAGACCAUACGCACCUCAUCACUCGGCAGCGGCUCGGCGGCCGCCGACAGCCGGCCGGGACUGCUGAAGUGUAGCAAAGACAGGCAGGGAAGCAAAGACGGUGGUGCAGGUUCCGUACCGGACGGUUUGGAGCGGGCCGCCGUCGCGGUCAGCUCCGCACCGCCGGUGGUGAUGCCGAGCAAACCGCCACGGUCGGCACGCUUCACCGACAGCCUGACCGUGCUGGGACCAAAGAGUGUGCUGAGCCGGCUGAAGGAAAGCAGCUCCACCAGCACGGAGGAGGGACCGCGCGAUGCGGCCGCGCCGAUACCGUGCAUCAGCACGAACCUGGUGCAGGACGAGAUAGCGAAGCUGUCGUCCAACAUCAAGAGCAGCACGGACGAGGAUACCGAGCCGCCGUUCAAUGAAACCAUGUGCUGAUUUUAGCUGUACCCUCCGACAGAGGUAACUAGGUUAGCAUAAGGCUGCGUUGUGGAAAGGGGAGGGAAAUUCAACUUCCCUACAAUACGCUUUGAAUGAGUGAUGGUGUGGCAAGGAUGAUAAUGCCCACGGUGGGAAUGUUGGAAGCGCAUGUACUUAUAUUGGGCAAAUUGCACACACUGAGUACUUUGAGUAAUCUUAAUACCAAAAGCGUCUAAAGUUACUGUGUACGGAGUGUGUGGGCGUUUUUUUCUUGUUUCUCUUUGCCACCCACAAGCUUGUUUCAUAUGUUGUUGUUUUUUUUUAACAAUAGGAUUGGAAUUGCAACCGCUCGAACGAAAGGGAUGCGUUUGGAGUGUAUCUCAGCUAUUUUAACUCUAUAUAAGAACCUCAUCCUCCUCACCCGUUAAUGCAAUUGUGCAUAUCAAACCGAUCCGAACCUUACCUACCGAAAAAAGCACAGUCCCACAGUCAACAAUGUCGCACAUUUAGUCAAAUGUGAAUGAACUGUACCAUGUUCUGUAACCUCCGAAUUCGCAUCAUCGCAUUUGCACAACAGUGAGUGUAAUCUGAGUACAUAAUAAUAAUAAUAAUAAAAACAAAACAUCCUUAAUUCAUCCUGCACUACUGGAUUCUACUGAUAAGCUAGUACACGAUCGAAAACGCAGCAUAGAUUGAGAUGUGUGUAAAUACAUUCUAAAAGUUAAGUUUUGGGCAAGCUUUUUUUACUUUUCUGAGACACUUGUCACUUCUAAGCAUAAUCGUUUAAGGCAUUGGUGCUUGUUUGAAAGUUUGUAAUGGACGUGUAUAACACGCCGACAAAACGGGAACUGCCAUAGAAUACGCAAACAGUGUUGCUUUGUAACCGGAUGAUCGUUUGUUUGAUCGUUUUGUUCCGCUUGCUGGUCGCUGAAGACUUCGGAGUGUUCGAAGUCAGGAUAAUCAGGUUUUGUUAUUUGUUUACACAAACAAACAAGCACCCUACUCCACCAUGAGUGUAACGCAUACUAAGACCGAAAAGCCGAAAAGCUCUAAUAUUAUGUUUAGUUAAAGAUGUAUUGUAAAAUUGUGUAAGUUUUUAUUGCUGUAUUGCUUUUCUGCAGACUUUUGCGGACUAAAACACACCCGCACUCUCAAAUCCUUUUCACAAUAAACAAGCACGAUUAAGAAUGCAAUCACGCAACGUCCUACAUGAGUCGUAACUAAAAUGUGACAAUAUUAUUGAACGAAAUCAGUAUCAGAAGAAAAAAACUUAUUGGAAAAUGCGUGCGUGUUGAAACAAUAAAGCAGUUAAAUAAUAUUUGAAUAAAUGAGCAAACAGACUCGCACACACACACACAGACACAUGAGAGAAUUGCAGUAAUCGAAAUAGUGUUGGAAUUUGUUGAUAAGAUGGAGAAAAAAAACAUACA